AUCUUAGUUUUCUCUCCAUGGGAGUAAAAGGUGCGAAUGAAGUCCCAGAGGAACUUGAUCAUUGGAGUUCGGUUACUAGUAAAAUCUAUCUAAGUCGUUUGCUUACAUUCAAUUUCCUUAAUCAACUCCCGAUUCGUCAAUUGAGCGGAUGCACAAGAUUACAAUCAGUUGAAGUCGCAGAGGAACUUGAUCGUUUGAGUUCGCUUACUAGUAAAAUCUAUCCAAGUCGUUUGCAAGUUACAUUCAAUUUCCUUAAUCAACUCACGAGUUUUGAUUUGAGCCUAUGCAGAAGAUUUCAAUCACUUGAUGAGCUUCCAACAGGUUUACAAGCGAUGGAUGCAAGCAACACCACGUCCCUUGUAUGGAUUUUUACUGGACUAAAUUGGGAACUAUCAAAACAGCUGCAAUGUUUUGGCUGCUCCAAAGUGCUCAAGAAGAAUCGUACUAGUAACCCAAAAAACAAGCUUCUCAAUGAAUUGAUUGCAACCGAUAGUUUUAGUGUUUUCCGCCCUGGGGGUGAGUUUCCAGACUGGUUUGACGCCCUGGUGCUUUCAUGA